GCUCAGGACUUUCCCGUCAUAUUGCAUUGGACGGUCCUGAGAACGGAGCGGAGAGUCACCGGUCCGGGAAGAGUAACACCGAAGGGGGGGGCCACGGCACACCAGGACAAACUGCGACAACUUCAAGGAGGAUAUACCGGGCCGGGGCCAGGGGCCGUCAUGAUGGAAGUAGAGCUACCCCCCGCUAAGCAGUUACAGCAGGAUAUGGAUCUCAUUGACAUCCUGUGGAAACAAGACAUUGAUCUAGGUGUUGGCCGUGAAGUUUUUGACUACAGCCAAAGACAGAAGGAAUAUGAACUGGAAAAGCAGAAGAAGCUUGAAAAGGAGCAUCAAGAACAGCUCCUAAAGGAACAGGAAAAAGCAUUAUAUGCCCAUGUGCAAUUAGAUGAGGAGACUGGGGAAUAUAUUCCUGUUCAGCCGCCGGCACCCAUGGAGGCGGCAGUAGUCACACAUACAGUCACAAGUUCCCUGCAGAGUAAAUCUGAUCUCGGGCAACAACUCUCCUUUGAUGAAUGCAUGAAGAUUUUAGCCGAUACAUUCCUUGUGAACCCUGAAACCACCUUCCAAAUAGCAAUGGCACCAGAUGCUCAGAUCGAUACCAGCCAGAGCUUUCUCACCACAGAACACCCUGUUCCAGACAGUUUGCAAAACUCUACAGCCAAUCCAGAAAACGUGCAAGAAAUGGAGCAAGCAUGGGAAGAACUGCUGUCCAUCCCAGAGCUACAGUGCCUCGGCAAUCAGAUUGACAACCUUGUUGACCUGAGCUUGUAUUCGAAUUCGGAUGCCAUGUUGGAAACCUCAAACUACAUGUUCCACAAUCCAUUGGUGAACAUUGAAAAACCAGUAGAGGACGCCGCUCCUGUUUUCGCUAAUGACUUUGUAGGUCCUUUUGCCUCUAAUGUACCGACAGUAAACACAAAUUCAACAUUCAAUGUAGAAUCAUUUUGUGAUGAUAUAUUUACCCUUAUUGAUCCCAAAGUGACCAACGUGCCUUUGACAGACAAUUCAGGCCAACCAUUCACUCAAAUUGUAAACGAACCUGUUGAUAUCACAGACUUAUCAUUGUGUAAAGCCUUUAAAGGGAACAGUCCAGCAGAAUUUAAUGAUUCCGAUUCAGGGAUCUCCAUUAACACAAGCCCUUGUUCGGCGUCACCUGGCCAGUCCAUGGGUUCCUCCAUUUACGGAGAUGCACAUUAUGGUUACAGUGACUCUGAAAUGGAAGAUAUGGAUAGCAAAACUGAAGACGUACAACAGAAUCCGUCGGAGAAAUUCUCGAUGCCCUUUACAGAAGAUGCAUUCUAUGCACUCUCGCCCUUUGUACCACUGGACACAUGCUUUGACAUAGAAGCUCAGAAUCCACCAGAAAAAGAUCUCCCCGUAAAACCUGGCCAAAGUAAGACUCCUUUUACAAAAGAUAAGUUAGUAAGCCAGCAGGAAGCUCGUUUCAGUAGAGACGAGCAAAGAGCGAAAGCUCUGAACGUACCAUUCUCUGUGGAUACAAUUGUGAAUCUUCCUGUGGAUGACUUCAAUGUCUUAAUGUCCAAGCAUCAAUUCAACGAGGCUCAGCUCGCUCUCAUUCGAGACAUACGCAGAAGAGGCAAAAAUAAAGUAGCAGCUCAAAACUGCCGGAAGAGGAAAAUGGAGAACAUUGUGGAGUUGGAAAGUGAUCUAGACAAGCUGAAGUAUGAGAAAGAGAAAUUGCUUGCCGAGAAUGGUGAAUAUAACGACAGCCUUCGCCUACUGAAAAAGCAACUCGGAACCUUGUACAUGGACGUCUUCAGCAAACUACGUGACGAGGAUGGCAAUCCGUACUCUCUUCAUGAGUACUCCCUUCAGCAAACAAAAGAUGGCAAUGUCUUCCUUGUCCCAAAAGCCAAUAAGAUUGAGAUUAAGAAGGAAGAGAUCUAGAAUCUAGAUUUUUUUUUAAUUUUUUUUUAAUCCUAUGCUUCUAUAGAGCGGGGAAACGGGUUGUAAUAUAGGCAGCACUAUAGAACUAAACAUUUUUGGCCUGUAGCACUUACAUGUAGUAACAAUGAAAUAUUGUUGUAAAAAAAAUACCUGCUCUAAAAUGAACUGCUUCAGGAUAGAAUAAAAUGUGGCAGCUGGCACGUGGACAAGUUGUGCUUUAGGUAGAAGGAUUAGGAGUGAAAAUGUAAAGUUUUACCAAGCGAGCAAAUUGCUUGCUUACGUGUAAAACGAAGAUGGGCAUUUUAAGUACCAGUAAGGGUAGGAUAACACCUCCGUUUAACUGAUUUGGCAGAGAACGGCCUACCGGAGCGCAUAGGAUCUGGCCUGGCCAGAUACUGCCGUUCACCGCCAGACCCCAGUGACUAUCACCACGCAACAACAAAAAACUUUUUUGUCUGCUACUGGGCAAAAACCAUUUGUCCUAUACUAAAUAGAGUGUGCGGAUUACAAAUCUGAAGUCAGAAUUGUUGUAACACGUCACAAAAUUUUGCUAUGCAUAAGUAUGCCUAAAUGAAUUAAGCACUUGGAAAGCAUUGAAUAAUUUUGAACAGAAAGAGUUUUACUCCAACAAUUACCUGAUCUACAUCAAAGUUUGCGUAGUAAACAGUGUAUGAAAAUUUGAUUGAAUAACAAAAUUUGAAAAAGUCUAGUUUUUCUAUUUAAAAGUAUUACUUGAACAAGGCCCAGUACUGUUAAAAGUGCUUUUGUGAACGGUCAUAUUUUCCUGUUGCAAAAACCAGCA